GAUCGAUUUGGGGUACAUAUAAUUUUCGGAUUAAUUGAACUGAUCCUCGUAUUAUUUAUUUCAUUGUAAAUUUUUUCUUUCGUCUGGAAUAAUUUCCAAAAACUGUGUCAGUAAAAAUGUCAUUAAAAAUUUUAGUUGGUUGCAAACGAGUCAUUGAUUAUGCCGUCAAGAUUCGAAUUCGUCCGGACAACAAAGGUGUUGUUACACAAGGUGUCAAACAUUCGUUGAAUCCGUUUGAUGAAAUAGCAGUAGAAGAAGCGGUUCGAUUAAAGGAGAAAAAAUUGGCCAAAGAAAUUCUAGCCGUUUCAAUUGGACCACAAGCAGCACAGGAUACACUACGUACUGCUUUGGCCAUGGGCUGUGAUAAAGCAUUACAUGUUAAUGUUGAUGAAAAAAGUGCUGAAAUAUUGUUGCCAGUUCAAGUGUCAAAAAUUCUGGCGAAAAUCGCUGAACAAGAAAAAGUUGAUAUUGUGAUUUUGGGUAAACAAGCCAUUGAUGAUGAUUGUAAUGCAACUGCACAGAUGACUGCAGCACAAUUGAAUUGGCCACAGGCGACGAAUGCAUCGAAAAUAGAAAGUAAAGAUGAUAAAACAGUUUUGGUUACCCGUGAAAUCGAUGGUGGUCUUGAAGAUAUAGAAUAUAAAUUACCUGUAGUGAUUAGUGCUGAUCUUCGUUUGAAUGAACCCCGUUAUGCUACACUACCCAACAUUAUGAAAGCAAAAAAGAAACCGAUCGAUAAAAAAACACCGAGUGAUUUAGGAGUGGAUAUUACACCGAAAAUGGAAAUCCUAUCCGUACAGGAACCAGCAAAACGUGAAGCUGGUACCAAAGUUGCCGAUGUUGAUGAAUUACUGACCAAACUUAAAGAAGCUGGUCGAAUCUAGAAUAACUAUUAAUAAUUGAAAGGAAAAUAUUUAUCAAAAUCUUUAAUUUUUUACAAAAAAAUGGAUUUUAUGAGUGAAUGAUUGUCAUGAGAAUUAUAGAAUUAAAUUUUCAUUUAUUUCAUUUUAA